AUGGCCCUCCCGGGUGGCAUGUCAUCUCAGCAAUGCCCAUCUCCUCCCACGGAUGGAGACAGAAGUUUGCUGCAGCACACGACUUUGCCCGGGGAUGCACUUUGCUAUGCCACAAAAGAAGGUUUCCUGGCGUACGGUGCGCCGGUCGAUUCGAAUCUAAGACAUAGUCAAGUUCAGUUCCAACCUCCGCAAUCGCCCCCAUUGAAGAGGUCCCCUAGCUUCUACAUUCAGUCGCCGAGUGCAUCUUCAGUGCCGGCUAGCAAACAACAGCCCAGGCGCCAACGCGCCGCCCAGGCAUGCGAUCGGUGCCGACAUUUCAAAGCGAAGUGUGAUGAGCAGAAACCAUGCAAGAACUGCAAAGAGAAAAACGAACUCUGCAAUUACAAGGAACCCAUUGUUAAGCAGCAAGACAAGUUCCAAACGGAGAUCCUCGAGGCAAUUGGCAACAUGAUGGCCAAGAUGGACGCGUACAUGGCAAGGACCGACUCGCGCAUGACGAAAUUUGAGGACGUGCUGGCGGGCGUUGUCGCUGCGGGGAGGCCUGGCGCUUCGCACACUUUCGCUAUGGCGGUUAAACGGGAGUUGACUGGAAGCGAUGAGACGUCAUCAAACGGACAACAAGAAUCUCCAAACUCUGGCCGCGGCGAGCCCAUUGGAAGUCCGCAAGCACCUACAUUGGCACCUACCGACAGGCCGCAAGCAGCCGAGACAGCACAAACAGCAAGUGUUGAAGAGUUGAUUUUCUCCAAAGAGGCCGAGCAACCAAUCGCGUCUGUCCUUCUGGAUGAUGAUCGAGCAGAUGAUCCGCCUGGCUCUCCGGUACCUGCCGGAAAACCCGCCAUCCCCGAAAACCAUACUACAGGUACCGGCAAUUUACUCAUGUGGCCGGCUAUUCACGAACUUGUGAGCCACCUUUUGAUUGAGAAUGACAUCAAAUAUCCAAAAACGUACCCACUUGGCAUCGAGGAAAACAGGGGUCUACUCCAUUUAUAUGGCCGCGGAGAAGGGAGCAAGAAGAAGUCCGGUGGUAAGGAGGUUCCAAACGAUUUUGGACUUUUGACGUCUAUUCAUUCUGAAGACGUAGCCCCAUCGCCAUCGUCGAAUAACGAAUGGGGGCAUAUGGACGCCAUGGAUCCCGCGCCUUACAGCCCACAGAAUACCCCUCCAACGCCCGAUGCGAAAACCCCUACCCGGAAAGCGAUCGGGGGGCUCAGGUUCGACCAUGAUCAUGUGUGGAAGCUUGUGCAAAGUUACAAGGAUAACAUGCAAAUCAUGCACCCCAUUAUUCUGCCCAACGACCUGGACGCUUUGAUCAAAAAUUUUCUCGAGAGUCUUCCGACGGUUUACGUGACCAAGACGGCGAGGCCGCCACCGAUCGCAGGGUUCGCCGCAAAGCACGAAAUUGUGGGUGAAAAGCGCAAGCGAGAAGACACGGACGACAGCUCGGACCCUUUGAAGGCCACGCAUCAAAAGCGCCAUGCACCUUCUCGUCAUAUCAGCACUGCUGUGAUCCUUUGCAUUCUUGCACUAGGCGAGAUAUGUCUUCACAAGGAACGUAUCCCCGAUAUUUUUCUCACGUCUGGCGAAAUGCAAGGCUCAGGUUCCUUUAGCUCUCAGCCUUACGGCUCUCAAGGCUCUCCGGCCUCUCGAAACGGCGUGCCGCCAUCUCCCGUCCAAGGCACACCGCCGUCGAUAACGUCCCACCCGUCGGGUAGUAGGCGAGCCUCCUUCCAGGGGUCUGCUGGCUCCACACCGGGGCCGCUGAGAAAAAACAUAGAUGUGAUACCAGGAAGGGUCAUGGAAAGCUAUUGGCAUAUUCAUCAUGCCUGCGUCAAAGCUCAACACCUUCUCAGAAACCACUUCUCUCGCCUCACCGCUGCCAACGGUAAAGAACAGGAACAGGACAUCAAAGACCUCCGAUACUACCUCAUCUAUUGGACCUGUAUGCAAUUGGAAAGUGACAUCAUCGCCGAGUUGAAUCUGCAGCAGUCGGGCAUCAGUAAUUACGAGCAGAGCAUGCCGCACCCUAGUUUGAAGCACAUGAUCGAGUGUGGAAUCGACGAGCGUGUUGCCUAUAGUUACUACGGGCAACUGUGGCUACGCAAAAUGCUAAACAAAGCACACACCCUGCUUUACGGGCCCAAGUCGGAAAGAGAGAACUUUUCCCUGAUAAGUUUGGUAGAGAUUCUGCGUCAGAAUCUGACAAAUCAGGAAACCCUUUGGUGGCCAAAAUACCACCCCCACGAGCCCACCGUUCCAGCCAACAACAUCCUCGACGCCAGGCUGCGAGCCAAGUAUUGGGGCGCUAUGAACAUUAUAUGCCGACCCGUUAUCAAGUCUAUCUUGGGGAGGUAUUAUAUGGGCAAGCAAGAAGGGAUCGAUCUGACCGACCCUCUGAACGAGUUCGUGGAUCCUUACGACGAAAGUGUUUUGGAGAUAGCAGAAAGGGGCAUCAAUGCGCUUAUCCAUAGCACUAAAGCCUUCCACAAUCUCCCUGAACGACGGUAUAUUGUCACCAACAUUUUUGGGACUGCUCAAGCCCAAUGGGGAAACCUGAUUACCCUUGCCGCGGUUUACAGGAAUCAGCACCUUUCGCGUUUUGUCAACCGUUCACAGCUCGAGAAUCUUUUCGACAAAACGAUACAGUUCUUGAAGGUCAUUGGGCAUCGAUCGAGCGCCCUCGAGGUCGACAGAAAAAUCCUCGUGGGCCUGAGGCACUCUCUGUUUUCCCCCGACCUCACCCGACCCGAGCCGUACUCAAGCAUCAGCGCAAGCGCGGCCAACCCACCAAGCCAUCACACCUCGGCGAUCACUCAAGCCGCGUUCCAGACCAUGCCAAUCAGUCCGGUAUACACCAGCAGUACAGGUAACGCCUACCAGACCGGGCCCAGUCCAAUGCAACACAAUUGGCCAAGUUCCCGAUGA